GAACCCUCCUAUGUGCGCUUGUUUUCUUCACCUUUGACCAGACCGGGAUCAAUGCAGAGAUUGGUUUUUAGCAGAAACCUCUACGUUUCCAUUGGUUUAUCCGCUCACGCCCAUUUUUAAAUGCUCUCAAAUCCCAAACUGAAGGUGAGUAAAUAAAGUCUUCUGUCCUCUUUUGUCCAAGUGUCUUUGUGUCCUCCAGUUACAGACCAACCACAGCCAUGUCGGUGUUUAGUGAGGUUCCUCAGGCUGCUCCUGUCGCUGUUUUCAAGCUAUCGCAGGACUUUAGCAACGACCCGUUUCCCAACAAGGUGAACCUCGGAGUGGGAGCCUAUCGGACAGAUGAAGCCCGUCCCUGGGUUUUGCCCGUGGUGAAAAAAGUGGAAAAGAUCAUUGUGCAGGAUGAAAGUCUAAACCAUGAGUAUCUGCCGAUUCUGGGCCUUCCCGAGUUCAGAUCCUCAGCCUCCAAGAUUGCACUCGGGGACACAAGUCCUGCCAUUGCAGAGAACAGGGUGGGAGCUGUCCAGUGUCUGGGUGGCACAGGUGCAUUGAAGAUUGGUGCUGAAUUUCUGAGACGGUUUUACAAUGGGAACAACAACACCAAGACACCCGUCUAUGUGUCUGCACCUACCUGGGAAAAUCACAACGCUGUAUUUGCCAAUGCUGGCUUUGAAGACGUACGUCCAUACAAGUACUGGGACGCGGAGAAGAGGGGCCUUGAUUUGGCCGGUUUCCUUGGUGACUUGAAGAGCUGUCCAGAGCACUCAAUCUUCGUCCUGCAUGCCUGUGCUCAUAAUCCAACAGGCACAGACCCAACACAGGAGCAGUGGAAGCAGAUCGCUGAAGUUAUGAUGAGGAGGAAGCUGUUUGUGUUCUUUGACUCAGCUUAUCAGGGCUUUGCCUCUGGCAGUCUGGAGAAAGAUGCCUGGGCUGUACGCUACUUUGUCUCCAUGGGUUUUGAAAUGUUCUGUGCUCAGUCCUUUUCCAAGAACUUUGGCCUCUACAAUGAGCGUGUGGGCAACCUGACUGUUGUGGCUCGUGAUGCAGACAAUCUGAAGAGAAUUUUGUCCCAAAUGGAGAAGAUUGUCAGGACUAUGUGGUCCAACCCGCCGAGUCAGGGAGCUCGUAUUGUUGCCGUAACUCUCAGCUCACCUGAGCUGUUUACUGAAUGGAAGGAGAACGUGAAGACCAUGGCUGACCGGGUUUUGUUGAUGAGGGCUCAGCUGAAGACCAAGCUCCAGGCUUUGGGAACACCGGGGACAUGGAACCACAUCACUGAGCAGAUUGGCAUGUUUAGUUUCACAGGCCUCAAUCCCAAACAGGUGGAAUACAUGGUGAAGGAGAAACACAUCUACUUAAUGGCCAGUGGUCGCAUCAACAUGUGUGGCUUGACCACCAAGAACAUCAGCUACGUGGCUGAGUCCAUCCAUGAGGCUGUCACUAAGGUCCAGUAGAAGACUACAUUACCCACAUUUCACAACAAUUAAGUCCUGCCCGAUCCUAAGCUGUCCUCAUGUCAGGGACAGAGUUUGUGUCCAGCCAAUGUUUUGGACCAAACAUCUAAUUUGCACAAAGCGAGCACAAUGGCUCUGCGUCCCCCCCUACUGUUUCCCUGUUUGUGCUAAGAUAGGCCAAACACAACUAGGGCCUAACACCUGCUUAUCUAACUCCCUAUAAGAGACUAUUCCUUUGAGUAAAUGUGUUCAUAACUUGUCCCCCGGGUUCAUCUGCGUUGUUACAUGUCUUCCUCCUUGAUUUCCUUUCAGCUUAUGUAUCAUUACCAGGAUCUUAUGUGUGGAUUAGUGCAUUAGUGACUGUGUCACAAUAACCUCAGCAGCACUGAAUCUGCUGUCUAAAAAGUGUUAAGUGUCAUACGGUUAUGAUUCAUCCAGAACACAUUCCCAUUUUAUUUAGCCCGCCACUGAGACAACAGUAUAUUUAUCAUGCUUAAGCAGCAGGUGUGAAGAACAACUAUUAGCUGUGAACAUGACCAAACUUAAAAAGUAACUAUAAAAAAACAUUAAUAAGUGUUAACCAGCACUAUCUUGACUGUUCUCAGGAAGAUAUUUUUAACUUAAUAAGUGUCAUUUAUUAAUGUCACUGACGGUCUUUUACCUAAGGGUGUUUUUACUAAUUAACAUGUAAUGGAGGAUUGUUGUAUUUGUAUUUCACCCUAACAGCUGCUGUGAAGUGUUAUCUGCACAGUGAUUGUCUGAACUGUUGUGUAAGACUCUCAAAUCAAUGGCACAAACACACCAAUGAUAAACCAGUCUCCGUACACUGAUAAAGCAGUCGCCCUGUUUAGCAACCGAUCGGAGUCUGAAAAUAUCCUACUCGGCACUAACAAUGAAUUAAACACCCUAAUAAAGAGCUAUGGGUAUAGUG